AUGACUACAUCGAGGAGUUCCAUCGUCACCACCACCACCAACACGUUGCUCGCGGGUAGUCGUGAGUCCUGGGCCUACUUCACCAGUGUCGAUUGGGUCCUUGUCAUUAGCGCUGUUGUCGCUUGUGCCUCUGCCGGUGGCUACGGCGGCUACGGCUAUGGCGGCGGUCUUGGCUACGGAGGUGGCUACGGUGCUGGUCUCGGCUAUGGAGCCGGUCUAGGACUGGGCGGUUUCGGCUACGGUGGUGGACUUGGCGGUUUCGGACUCGGCGGCGGCUUCGGCGGUCUCGGCGGUGGAUUCGGCGGCGGUCUUGGCGGCGGCCUCGGCAACGCCGUUGGUCUUGGUCUCGCAGCUGGAGUCGGUGCCGGAGUCGGUGUCGGAGUUGGCGGAACCCUUACCGGCGGUGGCGUUGCCAGCGCUCCUCGUCUCCUCGGUGUUGGACCAGCUGUUGCCCAGCCUGUCGCCACCGUCUCCGUUCUCAGGCAGCCAGUUGUGAAGCAGCACCACGUCACUCGCCAGGUCGUCAACUACGUCAGGGCUCCAGUUACCACUGUGUCCCACAAUGUCAGGCCCGUUGUCCUGAACCACGCUGGUGGAUUCGGCGGAGCUGGAUUCGGCGGUGCUGGCCUCGGCUUCGGCGGUGCUGGCCUCGGUGGAUACGGCGGCUACGGUCUUGCCGGAGGCUACGGUCUCGGAGGCGGAUACGGUGGCAAGGGUGGUUUCGUUGGUGGUUACGGCAAGGGAUGGCACUAA